AUGAGGCUUGUUAAUGCGCAUCUCAUAUGAACGACACUCAGCUGCAGUCGGUCCUCGUGGUGUAUCGAAAUGUCUUUUCUGUUGAAUCGUGUCUUCAGACACAGUCCAGCUUGGACGAGUAUCUUUAAAAUGAGCAGAAUUUGGCACAGCGGUAUUGACACAGAGAACAUCCCGACAGUGAAACACGACAGAGCUGCACAGUGUUUCACUGUUAGCUUGGGCACUGCUGCAGGAAAUUACGACACCGCUAUCCUGCGUUACUCUCUGACCGGUGACGGAGAAGUGAACCUACUGACAACAAAUGUUCCCGAUUCUUUCCGGGGCGAAGGUAUUGCAGCACACCUUGCCAAGGCUGCGUUGGACUUUGUUGUUGAGGAAAAGUUGAAGGCUCACAUUUCUUGUUGGUACAUCAGAAAAUAUGUGGAGGAGAAUUCUGCGCUUGGGUACAAGAACCACAUAGUCAGUUAAUUUGUAGCCAACAAGUUACAGUUCAAAUUAACUGCUACCUCUAUGUCCAAUAUCGCCAAUGAAGUUUUAAUUAUCAGUAUUCAGGUUUCAGUAGCCUAUGAGCCAGAGCAGGCUGCAGGGUCCAAUGACUGAGUGCAGGGACGUGCACAGACAUUUUAAGGGGCUGUUGCUCGAACCUGAACAUUUUUAAAAGUAUAUUUUGCAAAUUGAAGUGCUUGGAAUUUUAAUACACCUCACUAUAUCAUCCAAAACCAAGUAUUUGAUUGUUCUCUUAUCUCCAUUGCAAUAAUAAACAUUUCUGUCAAUUAAAUGUC